UGUAGCUCGUUGUCAACAUUACUAAGGCUGGAAAGAGGUGUCCUUUGUAUUUUAACAACAUUUCUGUAAUUAGUUAUUGAUCCGGGAAUAUCGAAUCUGUGAAUAUAUUUCCAACUUUCCCAGACUUGAUCAGUGUGUUUGCUGAAGGAUGACAACUUGAGCGCAAAGGUGAGUUUGGCUUUGAUCGGCGAUGGGAGGAGCUGUUGAAAGAGAUUUAAAAGGCUAAAAAGUCGUGCGCAAUCAGACAAGCCCCGAGGCAGCAGGCAUUUACGCACAACAACAUGUCCGACACGAAGAAACGAUUUAGCAUCGACUCGUCUGAUUCAAACCCUUGGGAUAGUCUGGGAAGCCCGAAACUAUGGUCUCCCACCUCCGGGAUCCCGCUGCAGAGUGGGCUCUAUGAGGACAUGGCAUUUCCCAUGCAGAAUAUGGAGAUUCCUACCGACGUGGUGUGGAAACGACCCAAGGAGAUCUGUCCGUUUCCUCAGUUCAUCGUUGAUGGAGCCACUCGUAUGGACAUCUGCCAGGGAGUUUUGAGCGACUGCUGGUUCCUGUCAGCAGUGGCGUCUCUCUCGUUGUACCCUUCCCUUAUGAAUCGCGUCAUUCCCUCAGGCCAAAGCUUCCAGAAGGGCUACAAUGGCUCUUUCUGUUUUCGGUUCUGGCAGUAUGGUGAGUGGAUUAAGAUACGUGUCGACGACCGUUUGCCAACUCGUAAUGGUAAACUGAUUUAUCUGCGCUCUGCAAAACAAGAUGAGUUCUGGAGCGCAUUACUAGAGAAAGCUUAUGCCAAGAUGAACGGUGGUUAUAACAGCCUGAAUAUGGGUUUCCCUCACGAGGCGAUGGCAGAUAUGACUGGUGGCAUUACGGAGGUCUUCAUGAUGUUGUCUCUUCCUAAGGCGCUGGGUUCAUUCCUGCAUCCCCUGCUGCAGAAAGGAGCACUCAUAAACUGUGGCAACUCUCAGGGUCCUCUUGAAAAGAGUAAUGAGUUUGGGAUUUUGUUCAGGCAUGCCUAUUCUGUGACAGGACUCGAGACGAUUAAAACUACGAUUGGUCCUGUUAUGCUGGUGCGGAUUCGGAACCCAUGGGGCAAUACUGAGUGGAAGGGGGCCUGGAGUGACGAAAAAGGGAUAGAGUGGCGUAUGGUGAGUUCUGAAGAACAGAGACGCGUGCAUAGAGUCCAGCAGAACGAUGGGGAAUUCUGGAUGGCACUGUCUGACUUCAGGCAGAACUUUGAUAUGAUUGAGGUGUGUCACCUCAGCGAUGACACAUUGAAUGAGGGCGGAGCUAUAAAGCGACCAUGGCAAUGCACAGCGCAUCAUGGAAAAUGGAUCCCUUCCCUUGGGCCACCUCAGUUUAAUCUGACCCUUUUGGAAGAGGACGAUGACCCCAGUGACUCUGAGCAAACAUGCUUGUUCCUGUUGGCACUCAUGCAGAAACAUUCGCGUCGGAGGGGAUUACUGCCUGUAGCUUUACAGAUAUUCAAGGCCCGAUCGGAGCAUGAUUUCCUGUCCCCGCGGGAUGUUUCUCAGUUCAGUCCUGUGCUCAGCAGUGUUAACGACAACGGUUACGUCCCGCGGCGAGAGCUGGUGAUGCGUGGUCGCCUGGCACCAGGUCAUUACAUCAUCAUUCCCACCACAGAGAACAGUCAGCCCGGAGAAUUUCUCCUGAGAGUUCUGACAGAGAAAGGCAACAACUCCAUAUCCAAACCUGUUGAGAGACCUGCGGUACAUGCAAACGCACCUAUAGCGCCACUGUCUCCACGUCUCCCAGGACUCCCGUCCACAAGUGAGGCUAAAGUUCUCUUCGUUAAACACUCCACCAAGGGGUCUCACUGCAAGCCACUGGAUCUGCAUAACCUGCUGACAGAAGCCAUUGCAAAAGGAGUCUUUGCAGGUAGUGAGCAGAAACUGAGUUUGGAACACUGCAAGAGCUUUGUGGUGCUCAUGGACACUCAAGGAAUGGGACGCCUCGACUUGACAGAAUUCCUGGUCUUGUGGGACAAACUCAGGAGGUGGACAAGUAUUUUUAUGACAUUUGACAAAAAUAAGAAUAAAGUGCUGGAGUAUCAAGAAAUCUCCCCCGCUCUAUCAGUAGCAGGCAUACAGGUGGAUGAGUUCAUACUGCAGCUGAUUGGCCUGCGCUACACGGAGCCAGAUAUGACCGUCAGCUUCCCAGGAUUCCUCUUCCUGCUCAUGAAACUGGACAGCAUGAUUCGGAAGUUUCAGUCCUUUGAUGUUGCAGGAAUGGGAAUGAUUUCAGUAAACUUUAGACAGUUCCUCCUCAUGACCACAUACAACUGAUUCCAGACCAGCUGUGGACCAGGUUGGUAGGACCCCUGCAGGGAACAACUACAUUCUUUUAAAAACAGAUACUGUAGUUUUGUUCCUGGAUGCUAAUUGGUCAAUACAGCCUUCCAGAUGUGCUAAAAUACACAUUACACUCGCAGCUGCCUCACCAAACACCUGUUAAGGACUCAUGGAGGCCAACUAUUAUUCUUCGUUUAUAUCAGGGACUAUAUCUUCUAGCAGAAGUAUGGCACUUAAUGUAUUUGCCUAAUAAAAUUACAUUCCAAUAAAAAUGUGUCCUUAAUAUUUUUAUUAUGAAUUAACCAUUUUAUAAACCAUAAAGCACUGCUAUAUUCCCUAUAUAUUCACUCCUAUCCAUUGUGCCUAACAACAAGAGUAUUUAGCAGUGAUGCAUUCAUAAAAUAUACCUUACUGAUUAAAUAUAUUACUACAUUAAAUAAUAAGUGUGAUUUGUCUCUAAAGGCAUGUAAAGUUGAUAUUUAUUACCAUGGGAACCUUUAAAAGCGUAUGCGUGGGAAAUGCCCUGGUUAUGAUUUUUUAGCAUUGAUGCUGAUUUGAAUCGCAAAAUAUUCAUUUAUUUAAAUAAGCCACUGAAUUGAUCUCACAGAUAAUAGAAGAGGCUGCUUAAAAUUAAGGCUCAAUAUGAACACUUGGGCUGUGUAUUAGACAGGACGGGUCAAUUUAAAGGUUUCAUUCAAGUUUUUGUUAUUAAAUACAAUGUAAACUGCUUAUGUUUUCUGCGCUCAAAUGUCGGCUGAUGACCCACUUUACAUCCCCUUUCACAGACACCAUGAAAUUUGAAUGUUAGGAUUAAGCAGCUUAUAGCUGGCAGAGGGCCAAACCAUUUGUUAUGACAAUAAAAUCAGAUAAUACACGUAUAUGCGGUAUUCACAAGACAAUGUCAUAAUAUUAUAACUUUAAUGAAUGGAAUUUAGAUGAAGGCUAGCAAAAACAACACAAGCAGCUGGUAAAUGUUUCGUGGAAAGCGUAUGAAUAAUAGAUGAACUCGUCCUGUUUGUGAGUGUAAAGUUGGAGCAUAGAUGUUACAAUGAACUACCAGAAAAAGAACAAGCACAUUUAAAUUGAAUUUAAAAUUCUUAAAAUGAAAGUGCAAACAUGCCUUUUGCCUGCUUACAAUAUGACAAUAUGAUGAUUGAAAUGGAGUGGUGGUGGCGUAGUGUUCUAAAGCACAUAACUGGUAAUCAGAAGGUUGCUGGUUCGAUCCCCACAGCCACCACCAUUGUGUCCUUGAGCAAGGCACUUAACUCCAGGUUGCUCCGGGGGGAUUGUCCCUGUAAUAAGUGCACUGUAAGUCUCUGGAUAAAAGUGUCUGCCAAAUGC